CAUUCGGAACAAAUUGGAAGUGCGAAAUUGCGAUCUCUCAUAGUUUUUUUUUUACAUAGUUGCGAAAUAGUUAUAUGUAAACAAAUUUGUAAAAGUUUUUGAACUGUAAGAGUUUCGUCAGUGUAUUUGAAUUGAUUAGAAGCAGAUUAUUUAUUCGAAUCAUAAUGAAAAGCUUACUCGUAGUUUCUAUAGUGUUUGUGCUAAUCAUCAUACAAGGCACCACGAUUGGUGGUACACGAUUUCCGACAAGUGAUGAAAAUUCCAAUGAAGAAUAUACUUAUGUGGAAUACGAGGAAGAAGAAAGUAGUGAAGAAUCAACUUUGCCGCCAAUACCUACUACGACUUCCAGAGUUAUAUUAUCAACUGAGCUGGAAACGGAAGGACCAACUAUAGCUAAUGAGUUUGAGUGCCCCACGAAUUGUAAAUGCAAUAAGAAAAUCACCCUUGUUGAUUGCUCUCAUCAAAACUUGAUGCAAAUACCAAAAAAUCUUCCGCAAAGUACAGUUUAUCUAAAUUUAAGUCAUAAUUCAUUGAAAACGCUGAAUGUCAAUGAUUUAAUAAAUUGUGGCGAAUUACGACAGUUGUAUUUGAAUAACAAUGAAAUUGGAAAAAUCGUCAACACUGAAGAUUUUGCAAAGUUACCAAAUUUACAUCACAUCGACUUGUCAACAAAUGCCUUCAAACCACUUCAAGGCAAAGAAUUUUCCAAAGCCCGAGGAUUGCUCACAUUGAUUCUGACGGAUAACAAAGACAUUGUGACAUCAAAUGUUCCCAUUAUUCAAACUGAAAAAUUGAAAACAUUGUAUUUAGCAAAUUGUAGCAUAAAUCAAUUGCCGGAGAAUAUUUUCCAAAACUUAUCAUCAUUGGUGGCAUUGAAUUUGGAUAAUAAUCCACUAAAUUUGACUCAAGGCGUUAGUGCAUUCAAACCUCUAACCGAAUUACGAAGACUAUUCAUACCAACGGUGCCACGUCAUAUUGCAUUGAAUUUGUGCAAAAAUUUACAAGUUAUAGACAUCAUUAACUUAAGUUUGGAAAAUCAUGAUAUUAGUUGUUUUCUGCUAUUUAACAAUGCAACAUAUGAAGAGAGUACGAUCAGAACUGAUUUGUUUAAAACUCCAACCGACCCACCAUCAAAUUCGUCCAUAGUAGUAUCUACUACUGCCCCGACUUUGUCAACGCACAUACAAAAGGGAACGGAGGUCUUGAAACAGUACGCGAACGCUGCAGCCAACCAAGCGAAAACGACCUAUGAAAAAAUGUCCAUGAUGUACAUGAUUCUAUCUGGAUUGGUUGUAGUAUUGCUGGUUGCAAUAUUAUCAGUUUUCUGUAUUAUUGGAUCGCGCCAAUUGGGACGAGAAAUUUCAUACAGAAAGCAAAAUUAUCGAAAGUAUUCUGCUGGAAAUGUAACGGUGGAGAAUCCAAAUUACGAACGAUAUUUAAUUGAAUGUGAAAAACGACAAUUUACCAAUGAAUAACAAUGUUCUGAUUAGUAAAAUUGUACACUUAUUUGCAAGUAAA